UCGUGUAUAGCGCAGCUUGAUAUCUAUAUAGCAGUGAGCCUGAAUGUUGGCUUAGAAUCAUCGCCGGUGUAUGAUAUCGUUAUGCACGUGCUAGCGUGCAUGGCAAUGCACGUUAUAUACAUGUACACAUUCAUCCGUCGAUCGCCAUUUGAUCUUCAGCAAAAACAUCGAAACAUGGUUUAUCUAUCCUGUACGAAACUCUUUGAAGGUUAGCAGAAUGGUACAAGAUAAAAAUUACAAUCUCUUUUGCAAGAGAAGUCUGGAGAAAACGUCUCAAUACAAACCUAAGAAAAGGAUCUGCGCGUGCUGUUUCGUGUCGUCUGCUAUUUUGGUUAAGGGAUGUACCUUCAAAAGUUUAACGAACCUUUGACCCAUCGAAAUGGAUAAAACUGGGAAUCGGGAAAACAGCUACUGAUUUUCCUCCAGGUAAUGAGUCAUUUUAACUAGUUUUUAAUGAUGAGUAUUACUGGAAAAGUUUACUGAGAAUAUGUUCAACAGAUCAUGCUGUAAAAGGCUGAUUUAAUACUUAAACUCAUGAAUAGAACGGGUCGUCUAGGUUCUGAAAACAUGGUUGCUACAAUGCUGGUUAUUACAGUCCUGUCAAUAUUGGAAAUAUCGCAAAUGCAAAAUUGACGAAAGGACAAAGGAGUUUUCCUGGGCAUUUCUCAAACAAGGACUUGGAUUCUAUUGGAUGUCUAGCUGACUGGGAUUUUAAAUACUGCGAUACUUGUGUCAUGAUUGCAUCGGAUGUGUUUGAAAACCAUAACAUUGAUAUUGAAAUGUCACCUUGUUAUAACUUCGGCAGAUGGAAUUAAAUAAUACCUCAAUAGUGUGUGUAGCGUCGAAAAGUGGUUACUUUAGGGAGUGAAAUAAGUAAUGGUUUUCUAAAUGUGUCAUUCAUUCGAUACAUUUAAGAUGGAGAGGAAAUACAUUUGGAAUUCGAAUGUACUGCUGACGAUUGUAAUUCUUACCGGCACAUGGCACUCAGGUCUGGCUGUAGCAUGUGGGGAAGGAGAGGUCACCUGUGUGGAUGGAUCAUGUAUUCCAGAAUCAAAGGUCAAGGACGGGGUCAAUGAUUGUCCAGACGGAAAGUACGAUGAAGAUAUGAGACUUGGUGACAACUGUACACAUUUUACAACCAUCUCUUGUGACGUAUUUCUACCGAAUUCUACAUGUGAAGAUGGACAAUGUCAAUGCGCUGCUGGUCACGUUCCGAACGACCAACACUCAGCAUGUCUACCACGUCAGUUUGGGAGUCCGUGCCUCACAGACACAGACUGUAGGGAAACUAUCGAGUCAAGCGUCUGUUUGAAUCAGAGUAUAUGUGACUGCGGUACCGGGUACGAAAAAGAUGAAACUGAAAAUAGAUGUGUAUGGAAUUCCAUUUACAAAAAUUGCACACAUGAUACCCAAUGUUCAAUCAUUCCACACAGCUUAUGUGAUUCUAACUUGAACUUGUGUACAUGCAAUCCCGGAUAUCGACGCGAGGACAGCGAUGGGUCUUGUGUACGAAUAUCGAACAAUUCCAAUCAAACAUCAGAAGAAUUUGAUAGUAAAAUGUUAAACAUGUCUUCAAAUAAAACAGAUCUUAGUUUCAAUGUAAUAUCAUGUACGAAUAACUCGGACUGUUCGGAGAUAAUAAUCGGAAGUGAGUGUAGGUCCUCUCUGUGCGGAUGUCCUACUGGCUACAUUCUGGAGUCCAACGAUAGUAAAUGCGUUAGAGUUAUAUUAGAAAACGACAAUGAUCUUCUUACAGCCUUUAAUUCAUCUAUAAAUAACAUAAAUUAUACUUGUGAUGAUAAUAGUUCGAAUUGUACCAAUGUAAAUGAAUUAAUAUGCUCUUCCGGUUACACUAUUGAUGUUAACGGAACCGGAUGUAUUAAUAUCCUGAUAGGCGGUGAUUGUAAAUCUUCUGAUGAAUGCAUCACUGCCGUAAACAACAGCGUUUGUAGUAAUAGCAGCAAGUGUGUAUGUAAAACUGGAUUCAUACCGAAUAAUAACUAUUCCAAAUGUGACUUAAAACAGGUCCCGUGUUUAUUUGACCAAGACUGCUCUGAUCAUAUUCCAGACAGCGUUUGCAUCAAUGGUUCAGUUUGUAAUUGUAAAGUUGGAUUCAAAAUGGAGAACUUUACUUGCACUCAAAUUGAGCUUUUUGAUGAUUGUUCUGACGACUUAGAAUGUCUUGCAUCCAUUGAUGGAACGCGAUGCGAGAACGGAUCUUGUAUUUGUAACAUCAGUAAGAAGAUGGACAAUGUUACAGGACGCUGUGUAUGGAAAGCCAUCGGAGACCACUGUAAUAGCGAGGAGGAUUGCUUGCUAGGGGUAACGCAUAGUCAUUGUUUCGCCGGUAAUUGUGUCUGUCAAGCGGGAUUUAAAACAAAUGAUAAUCCGACAAGUUGCAUCCGCAUUGGUCUGGGUGAUUCCUGUUCAGUCGACUCGGAAUGUGAGGCUGGUCUAAAUAAUACUUGGUGUAAUCUGUAUAACAUAUGUGCAUGUGCGUUAGGUUACUACAACCUUCCAAACAUGUCUUCCUGUGUAUUGCGGACUAUUGGCGAUGUUUGUUCUGUAUUGGAGGAUUGUGAACAUGCUAUUGGAAACAGUGUGUGUAACGAUGUAAAGCAGUGUGAAUGUUCACCGUAUGGAUUCCAUGACGCAGAAAACGGCACGAGAUGUAUUCUUCUGACUCUAGGAGAUGCUUGCAAUCUAGAUGAAGCUUGUAAGUUUGCCAUCAAAAACAGUGAAUGCAGCAGCGAGGGCAUAUGUACAUGUGAAGCUGGAUAUAUGUAUAAUAGCGAAAAUGCGUCAUGCUUAAGGAUAAAAAUAGGCGAUAACUGCACAAACCUAGAAGCUUGUAGCUCAUUUAUUGAGCAAAGUACAUGUAAUCGGGAUUAUAGAUGUACAUGUUUGCCAGGAUAUAGAUCAAAUAUUAAAGGCAACACAUGUGAUCAGAUCCUACUUGGAGACCCAUGCAAUCAACGUACUGACUGUACAAAUACCAUGAAUAACAGUUUAUGUGGCGACAACGGCGUGUGUGGUUGUAAUGUUGGAUAUAAGGCCGAUAACUCUAAUAAUACUUGCGUUAGUUUGAUUUUAGGCGAUUCGUGUGUUUUCAACUUAGAGUGCAAGUCUGCAGUGAACAAAUCGGUUUGUACUGGAAAUCAAACGUGUGAAUGUGAACUAGGUUACCAAGCAAGUGAAGAUGGCACAAUUUGUGUUCUUCUUGGAAUAGGUGACGUUUGCGUUUCCAAUGAAGCAUGUGGAUUGGCGAUUGGUUCCAGCAUAUGUGGACCUGAUAACCGAUGUCAGUGUGACACUGGUUUUAAGGUGAAUAUCACACGUAAUGCCAUCAUCAAGGUCAAUCUAACCGAUGACGUAAUUUACGAGAGUAAAUUUGUCGGUGAUGACUGUAUACCUUUAGUGAUCGGCGACAACUGCGAGACGUCACAACAGUGUGACAGGGUAAUGAACCACAGUACAUGUAUUGAUGAGAAGUGUGGAUGUGAAUCGGGUUACAGGUUAAAGUUCAACGGCAAGGGCUGUACAAAUCUAAAGCUUGGGGAACAGUGCAGACGAGGACAAGAGUUUGACGACUGUGUCGACAUUUUGAACAGCCAGUGUGGUAGGGGGCCACAUUGUGUCUGUGACUAUGGUUACAGGGCGGCACCAGACAAUACGUCUUGCAUCAGGAACAUGUUGGGCGAUACCUGUAGUCAGCACAUUGACUGUAGCUUCUUGAUGGAAAUGAGUUUCUGUGGGGAACAUAGCUUCUGUCUUUGCGACAAAGAGAGUGGUUAUAUCGCGAUGGUAAAUCAAACAGACUGCAGACUUAUCAGUCAUGGAGACCCGUGUGAUGAGGACAAGGACUGCCGUUUUGGACUGAACGGCAAUAGUAUAUGUGGAGGCAGUGGCAUAUGCGAAUGUCGGACAGGCUACCACUUUGAUAAGGAUUGUUUUCCGUCAAAGAUUGGAGAUUCGUGUGAUAAAGAUAUAGACUGUUCGACAUUUAUGAAUGAUUCUCUAUGCAGUAAUAUAUCUGGCCGAUGCGAGUGCGACAUUGGAUACAGACCAGUUGAGAACAACACGGGCUGUAUUCUAAUGACCCUUGGGGACCAAUGUUUGGUUGAUUUGCAAUGUGCAACAGUCGUCAAUUAUACGCAGUGCCUUAAUAACACAUGCUCCUGUCUCCCCAUAUAUAAACCCGAUACUAAUUGGACACAAUGCGUCGUUAAAGGUCUCCUAGACGAAUGUAAUGGUGAUUUAGAUUGUACUCAAAUAGGUAAUAGCUCAUGUCAUAACCAAACCUGUAAAUGCGUCAUUGGUUUCUUCGAAGAUAAAAAUGAUACAACCUGUACGAUGCACACUCUAGACUCGUUGUGUGAGAGGAACGAAGAUUGCAGAACGUUUAUCAAUGACAGUUCAUGUGACAAUAGCACGUGCGUAUGUAACGCGGGAUUCGUUAUAGACAACAACAAAACGACAUGCACAAAACGUAAAGUGGGAGAUAGUUGUGACGUAGAAAUGGACUGUCAAUCGGCUGUCGCGAAUAGUAACUGUUCAAGUGGAUCAUGUGAGUGCUUCCCAGGCUACCUUAGUAACAAUGACAAUGAUACCUGUACGAAAAGACGAAUAUCAGACGCAUGUGUAGAGGAUUCAGACUGUGAGAAUGCAAUUGUCAGGAGUGAAUGUAUGGAAGGAAAAUGCUCUUGUCAGCAAGGAUACAUGAGUUCAGACAACGGUACUUCAUGCUUUAAACGAAGGAUUGGUGACGUCUGCGAGUAUAUGGAGGAUUGUUUCUUUGCUGUACCGAAUAGUCUAUGUGACAACGACACUAGGACCUGUGUCUGUGAGCCUGGACUCAAAUCCGAACUCAAUGGCACCAUCUGUGAACAAAGAGUUAUCGGUGACAUGUGUAUGCAAGACUCCGACUGUUUUUACUCUGUAAAUAACAGUGGAUGUAGGUCAGGAUUCUGUGGUUGCGACACUGGGUAUAAAGUGUUAGACGGAGGUCAAGUAUGUGAUAAAAAUAGAAUAUUUGAUGAAUGUGACCUAGACCUUGAUUGCAAGCUUGCUGUUAUGGACAGCGAAUGCUUCAAUAAUUCAUUUUGUAGCUGUCGUCUUGGGUUUCAUGAAAGGCAGAACAAUACAAGGUGCGUUUUAAGAAAGAUCGGCGAUCAGACGUGCAACACGGCAACAGACUGUUCGGCAGCCGUAAACAAUAGUUUUUGUAAAGAUGGCGUUUGCACAUGCGUUUCUGGAUAUUUUGAAAAUGUUUUCAAGUCAGAUUGUAUUUUGAGAAAAGUUUACGACGAAACUUGUCAAAAUGACUCCGAUUGUGAGGAUGCCGUAGAAGACAGCAGGUGUUUCGACGGAACGUGUGUAUGCUCACCUGGAUAUUACGUCACAUCCGGAAAUAGUUCCUGCGUGAAAAGACGUAUCAUGGACGAUUGCAAGACUUCAUUAGACUGUUCGGCUGCAAUACCACUAACAAGCUGUCGGCAGGAUGUCUGUCAAUGUCAUCUUGGCUACUAUGGAAGGGACAACGGCACUUCCUGUCAGCUAAGAACCAUUGGCGAUUCCUGUGAGGACGACCAAGACUGUUAUUUUGCUGUUUACGACUCGAUCUGUCAAUCUGGGUACUGUGCUUGCUCAGAUGAGUUCGAUUCCUUUGAGCGUGGGGAAUACUGUGUCCUUCGGCCGCUGAUGUUGACAGACGUGUGCUACUAUCCAUCACAGUGUCAACACAUCGACAGGAGGAGUGUCUGCCUCCACGACACGUGUCUUUGUGAGGAGGGCUACUUCGUGUCUGAUAAACACGACACCUGUGUACCAG